GUCAAGAUGAGUUCUUGCCGCGGUGACGCGGCGACUGCGGCUUCGUCUGCGUCUGCUGGUGCUAGUGUUGAGAGUGACGAGGAGCGGCAGCGACGGGAGGAGAGUCAAAGACCCUUGCGCAAGAAGAUCAGCGACACGGUGAUUCAGGACAUCGAUUGCCGUCCCGUAUGCUGUGUGGUUGUGUUUCAGGAGGGCCUUCUCAGCUACAUGAUGGCCUUCUUGCCCAUCAAUCUGAUGGUGCAGCUGGCCAGGUCCAUCUGGGAGAAGGCCGCACCCGACCUCUCGGACGUCACCAUCAGCUCGGCAACCAAGGAGGAGCGGUCCUUCUGGCAGCACGUCCAUCUCGCCUCCAUCGCCCAGCUGGCCGCCCGACUCACCCGCCUCACAAGCAUCACCCUCCGGUACCCACUCGGCUCCCCCAUGUGGUGUUUCGACGUCUUGGUGGAGAUGGUGGAGAGGCAGCAUGGCGCGGCCCUGGAGACGAUCAUUAUCGAAGGGGUUCGGCUGACCGGCACGGCGAGGCAGACCGGCGCGCGGACACAUCCGCCCCUCCCCGCCCCUCUCGACCCGCCCCCCACCCUGCACGCACUCACCACCAUUGCCGGCCUGACAGACGACCAUUGGCAGUUGGCCGACCGACGCUGGCUGAUGCCCUCACUCGCCGUCGCGCGGCGGGAGAGAUGGGGCGCUGACAGACUGGGCCAAUUCAUCAGUACGUCCCACUCGCUGCGGCGUGUGGACGGCAGCUUUAGGGGUGGGGAGUGGGCGGGUGUGUUUGAGGGGAUCCCUGCGGCGCCUGCGGGGCAGCGCGGCGGGCCACUUAGCAACUUGGAGAGCAUCGGCACCAUCGUGGUCGAAGGCAGCGAUCCGGCGGGCAUCGACCGGCUUCAGGUGAAUACAACGCACACACAUGUACAGUGUGUGGGUUGGCUCAUGAUGUCCCAUAUUUGCGUGUUCUUGCCUUUAGGAGGUGAUGCUGGCGCGGGGCUGCCGAGGGUCACUCAAGCAGCUGCACGUGGAGUUUGAUGCUGGCUCUGGACCGACUGGUCGGCACGUGCUGUCGACCAAACGCCCCACUCAUACUUGAAGAAAUAGUCCUCGCCCGUUUCGGCUUCGACCUCUCCAUCUUCUACCACAACGAGUUCCCCACCGACCCGUCACCCUCAUUCAAGACCAUGCUCCAGUAGCUGGCAGACAGGGCCGC